AUGACGUCAUUUGUAACACUUACAACUCUUGUAAUUGUUUUUAGUACCUCCACUGUUUAUGGUAUGGACUGUUCCUUGGGUUCAAGUAAAAAUUUUUUAGACGAGGUAAUUAGCCGUUGCCCCAGGCCUAUAAUCGACGAUAGUUCAAAAGAAUAUUGUUGCUUUAAUACUCAUGGAGAUUAUUAUUGCUGCGAUGCUCAAGAAUUCGCCCUGACAACUGGACUAGGAAUAAUUGUUCCUGCUAUUAUAGCUGUUAUUGUCGUAGUGACAUUCUUCGUUUUAUGCAUCUCGUGUUUGUGCUGCAGUUGCUGUCCAUGGUACAAAAGACGCCACCGCGGAACCGUCUAUGGAAGAGUCCAAACACCAGGAGGUGUUAUGGUAAUUCAUCAACCGGCAAAUAAUCCAAUGCCAAAUCAACAACCUAUUCACACUAUUUAUCCCCCGUAUCCUGCUUCGAACCCUCAAGUAUCAGCUUCGACACAUCAAGGACAGCCACCACCUUACUCCGCAGAACCUUAUGCGAAGCAGUCUCCGUAUAACCCAAAUUAUCAACAGCAGUAA